AUGCCUCCCAUUGAUGACGAGGAGGAGGCCCCCUUUGCCGAUGUCAAUGUGACCGCCACGAUCGACAAGCUUUUGGCCUUGCCUUUUGAGAGCGCUAUGGCAGGGUGCAAGGAACUUCGCGCUUAUGUUUUUAGUCCAGAACGCAGCAAAGAAGAGAUCUCGGAGCUGGAGGUGGAGUUUCGGGAGUCCUGGAGCCCGGAAGCGCCUCCAGAACUCCGGGAGCUACUGGAGGAGCUUUUGUUCCCCGAGAUCGCGAAGCGUAAAGCAGCGGCUGCAGCGGGAUCCAUGUCUAAGCUGUAG